AUGAGUUCUCUCUUGUUUCUCACGUGUGUAGGAUUGUUAUGUGGCAUUGUGGCUGCUGAGAACAACACGGAAGUUUAUGAAGACAAAGGCCAGUGGCAGGUGGUGACCAACCCGUGCCUGAACAACGUCUUACAUGCCCUGAACUUUCCCCACCCGAGUGACGCCACCAAAUUCAUCCAGUGCGGGUUGUACGGACGCAUGUUCAUCGUCCAGUGUCCAGCAGGAGAGGUCUACGACCAGGCAACAUCCUCAUGUAUUAAUCUGAAGGCGGUUGUAUCUCCACCGAUCGACAUAUCCUCUCUUGGAAUUUACUUUCAAUGCACAGCUCAAAACCUCCAAAUGGGCCGGCUAUGCUUCAACGUUUAUACAAGCGACAAACAAUUCAUCCAGUGCGCCGCUGCCGGAAAUGGCCGCGUGAUCACCUGCCCUGACCAGCUGAUCUGGGAUCAGAAUAGGCAAUCGUGUGUGUUUGCGUUUCAGGAAGGUGUGGUGAUCUCUGGCAAUCUGGUUGCACUUACAGGUUUAUUAAACGGCGCAAACCCCUGUACCCCUGAGGCAAUCAACGCCCAGUCAUUGUUCUUCUCGCACCCCGAUCCUACCAAGUUCAUCCAGUGUGACCUGCAAGGGAACGCGUUCGUCCAGAGGUGCCCGUCCAGCCUCGUGUGGAACCAGUACUUUAAGACGUGUGUCUCACAGCUUGCGACAUUCACACUCACCGGGGAGACAAACUAUAUAUGGUCGUGAAGAGGUGAACAAGUCCUCCUGGUGGCAGU